CCGGGCCCCUUGUCUCCGCGGCUCGUCUCCUCAGUCCGCCCGGGGAGGAGGAGGAGGAGCGGGGCCAGCCGCCGCCGCCGCCGCCGUCCCAGCCUCGCCCAGCGCACCUGAACUCGCCUUGCCGACCCGGGCCCCCGCGCCGCGCCCCGCGCCCCCGGCGCCCGGCCCGCGCGCAGCGCUGCCUCGGUGCCCCGGCGGGGCGCGUCCCCCCGGCCGCCUCCCGCUCUCCCGCGGCUCGCGUGGCCGCGCCUUUGUGUGCGGCGGCCGCGGCUCCCGAGCUCCUCGGGCUCUGGUCCCGGCGCCCCUCCGGCCGCGAGUCCCGCGCGCCACCCCCGGGCGCCCCCGACGGUGGAUCUAGCGGCGGCGAGGAGGCGGGUCCCGGCCCCGGCGAACCCCAGUCCCGGCCCCCGGCCCCGGGCCCAGCUUCGGCAUGGAUGUGAGGUUCUACCCCGCGGCGGCCGGGGACCCUGCCAGCCUGGACUUCGCGCAGUGCCUGGGGUACUACGGCUACAGCAAGUUUGGAAGUAAUAAUAACUAUAUGAAUAUGGCUGAGGCGAACAAUGCGUUCUUCGCUGCCAGUGAGCAGACAUUCCACACACCAAGCCUUGGGGACGAGGAAUUCGAAAUUCCACCAAUCACGCCUCCUCCAGAGUCAGACCCUGCCCUAGGCAUACCGGAUGUACUGCUACCCUUUCAAGCCCUCAGCGAUCCAUUGCCUUCCCAGGGAAGUGAAUUCACACCCCAGUUUCCCCCUCAGAGCCUGGACCUCCCUUCCAUUACAAUCUCAAGAAAUCUCGUGGAACAAGAUGGCGUGCUUCAUAGCAGUGGGUUGCAUAUGGAUCAGAGCCACACACAAGUGUCCCAGUACCGGCAGGAUCCCUCCCUGAUCAUGCGGUCCAUCGUCCACAUGACCGAUGCUGCGCGUUCUGGGGUCAUGCCUCCUGCCCAGCUCACCACCAUCAACCAGUCUCAGCUCAGCGCCCAGUUGGGGUUGAAUUUGGGAGGUGCCAGUAUGCCUCACACAUCUCCUUCACCUCCAGCAAGCAAAUCGGCCACUCCCUCCCCUUCCAGCUCCAUCAAUGAAGAGGAUGCUGAUGAAGCCAACAGAGCCAUUGGAGAGAAAAGAGCUGCUCCAGACUCUGGCAAGAAGCCCAAGACUCCAAAGAAAAAGAAAAAGAAAGAUCCCAAUGAGCCACAGAAGCCAGUGUCAGCAUAUGCCCUGUUUUUCAGAGACACACAGGCUGCAAUUAAAGGUCAAAACCCCAAUGCAACCUUUGGAGAGGUCUCAAAAAUUGUAGCAUCUAUGUGGGACAGCCUUGGAGAAGAACAAAAGCAGGUAUAUAAAAGGAAAACAGAAGCUGCCAAAAAAGAAUACCUGAAGGCCCUGGCGGCAUACAGGGCCAGCCUCGUUUCUAAGGCUGCUGCUGAGUCAGCAGAAGCCCAGACCAUCCGUUCUGUUCAGCAGACCCUGGCGUCGACCAAUCUAACAUCCUCUCUCCUUCUCAACACUCCACUGUCUCAACAUGGAACAGUGUCAGCAUCACCUCAGACUCUCCAGCAAUCCCUCCCUAGGUCAAUCGCUCCCAAACCCUUAACCAUGAGACUCCCCAUGAACCAGAUUGUCACAUCAGUCACCAUUGCAGCCAACAUGCCCUCGAACAUUGGGGCUCCACUGAUAAGCUCCAUGGGAACGACCAUGGUUGGCUCAGCACCCUCCACCCAAGUGAGUCCUUCGGUGCAAACCCAGCAGCAUCAGAUGCAAUUGCAGCAGCAGCAGCAGCAGCAACAACAACAGAUGCAACAGAUGCAGCAGCAGCAACUCCAGCAGCACCAAAUGCAUCAGCAAAUCCAGCAGCAGAUGCAGCAGCAGCAUUUCCAGCACCACAUGCAGCAGCACCUGCAGCAGCAGCAGCAGCAUCUCCAGCAGCAAAUUAAUCAACAGCAGCUGCAGCAGCAGCUGCAGCAGCGCCUCCAGCUGCAGCAGCUGCAACACAUGCAGCACCAGUCUCAGCCUUCUCCUCGGCAGCACUCCCCCGUCGCCUCUCAGAUAACAUCCCCCAUCCCUGCCAUCGGGAGCCCCCAGCCAGCCUCUCAGCAGCACCAGUCGCAAAUACAGUCUCAGACACAGACUCAAGUAUUAUCGCAGGUCAGUAUUUUCUGAAGACGCGUGUGGCAGACGGAUUUGCAUAUACCGAGGAGAGUGGCAUAGGAGGGAAAAGCAUAUGUGGCUGAAACCUGUAAGUUGGUGUUGGUUAUGCAGAAAUGUGUAACAGAUCAAACGGUCCUCUCAAGUGUCUAUUAGAUAGGCAAUAAGAACUGCAGUGUAGCUGAGUAACAUCUUUUAGCUGACUAUAAAUCACUUUGUUUUUAAACAAGAAAAGCUGUGCUCUUUUAUGUGAUGCCUUUUUUAUUUAUUCAGGCUAUACCUACAAUAUGUGAAUCAAACUGUUUAAUGAAUCCUGGGACAUACUGAUGACUAUAAACUGGCCUCUUUGAGUCAUAGAAAAAUGGCCUUAUUUCUCCAGAAGUGAGUAAACCACACUUCCAGGCUAUCUGAACUUCUGAAGCCCUAAAAAUAAAAAGCACAGUUGUAACUACCUGAAAUAUGAAGAUCCAGUUUCAUACAAACAUUUGUAUGACGUGAAUAGUUGAUGGCAUUUUUUUGUCAUGAAAAAAAUAAUGUAAAUCACAGACUUUUGCCAAAGCUCUUAUUUUUUUCCUAAAUCUCUCCAGAAAAAAAAUGCAAGUGAUUAAAUUCAAUUAUUGACUAAUUUCCACUUUUUAUCCAUGACUUCUCCAAAUCAAACCACAGUAUAUGUUGUAACAAUAUCUAUGACCACUAUUAGCCCAUUAUAUUCAUUCCAAUUAGAAGAAAAGAAAUGUGAAUAUUAUAUUCCGUGUUUUGAGUGACAAGUUUCGAAAAAUAAAAACACUGUAUUUUUAAAAGGGAAAUGCACUUAAAUGAAAACAGUUAUUACAAAAGUUAAGAUUUAAAAAGAAAAAGCAAGAGUUUUUAUUAUGAUGUAAUACCAGUAGAAUAUUUAAAAGGCACACCACAUCUGAAUAAUCAAUGUAAAUAUUUUCUUUCAAAGUUGUAAGUUUUCAUAUCAUGUGCUGUAAAGUUUUCCUAAAUGAGGCUUUAACGUAAACACUGGUGACAUAAACCAUUCAUUGCUACGUUGCUUAUUGUGUUUUUAUGCUGUUUUAUACUUUUUUAUGAGUUAUGAUAGCAGCAAUUAAGUUGUUUGUAUUUUGCUUAACUAAAACAAAAAUGCUUUUAUCUUGCUAUAGAAUAAACACAUUUCAGUAAAAACUGUGGACUGUAUUUUGAUGCAACAACAAAGAAACUGUUCACUUUUCAAAUAAAAUGGUAUGUCAGAUUUCAUUUUUGGUUCCUUGAAUACAUGUAAGAUGGGGAAAUAUGCCACAUACCGAGUUUCGUUCUAGCCCAAGCAUCAUCUUCCAUUUUUCAAUUGGAAAUAUGAUAUUUAUGGCCAAGAAUAUGCAUUGCAUAGCCUGAAAUGAAGAUCCUUGAAAAAACCAAAACAAUGCAUUGGAAAUAUUUGUGUAAUUGUCUUUUUUUUUUUUUUUUUAAGAUGCAAGUACAAGGUAAGUAUAGAGAAAAAAGUAAUCGCUUUUUUGAGGGGGCUAGAACUAGCUGGGUAUUGUAAUGUUAUUGCUAUUAAAAUAGAUGGUGAAUGCUAAUUCUUAAGCCAAAAUAAUUAUUUCGGUGCCCAUUUAUUCCCCCCUUUUCUUGCUCUGUAGCGGUUCCUCUUUGAGAGCAGUGUGACCACUAUCCCCAGUUGUCUUGCAUGAUUAAUUACAGCAUCUGUCCUGUCAGAAGCUAUAAUGAAGAGGUCUUGAUAAAAAUUGCAAAUUACCACUGGCAACAGUCUUAAACUGCUUAUGAUAAAAUGAAAAUUAAAAACAGCAAGUGUCAACCCUGACCAGAAUCCUAAUCUGGAAAGAAUGAGGGUGUGCGUGGUGUGCUCCACAGCUACUAUGUGCAAGACAUUCAAAAAUAAUGGAAUAUGGAUCCCUCAAAGUUGUUGUAUUUCAGAGAAUAUUUACUGUAUGUUGUGGGUUAUGAAUAAUGAAUUCACCUUUCAAUAUUUCAUAAUCCUCUCCUACUCUGUAUUAUGUACAAAUAUUGAACAGCAAGAGAUUCUAAUUAUAAAUUUAUGGAUUUCUUGCUGUAGAAAAAUUUAUGUCUAAAUUGAAGCUUUUCAUAAGAUGUAUUAGUUGACAGGUAUCAGUGUUCAAACAGCCUUAGAAUGAUGCCUAAUUACAUCUACAAGGGAGUGAUUGUAUUCCACAAAGAAAUGAUGUGCUAGCAUCAGACCCAUCAGAAGUAGAGCUCGAAUGGUAAAAGAUUUUCUGUGAAUUGAAACUAACAUUACAUAACAAUAACCAUUUUAUAUUCUGUUGUGAAACCUUUAGACAAAUGUCUUCAAAAUUAAUUGCUAAACUACAUGUGACAGUAAUUGUGUAUUAGUUCUGUAAUUGUCAUUUUGAAAACCCAUGAAGUAUUGCUUGGAAAAAAAUGUCACUAGUGAUAAGACUUAAUUGCAAGUGAAGUCUGUUUUCAACUGUUUGCAGUUAGAAGCAGGUGUUGUAACAUCUAUUAAAUGAUUUUAUAAAUCUUAGGUUUUAUCACAUUUGAUUAAAUGGCUGCUAAGCCACUGAUGGUCAAUUCCAGAGGGAAAAAAAUGUUUAAUGACUACAGUUUAUAAAAUUAAUCACCAGGCAAAACUAUAUAUUUAAAAUGUCAAAAGCCUUGAAUCAUGAAAAGAAUUCCUCAACCUUGUUACCAAAUUAUUGUUUUCAGGAUUCACAAAGCAUGUUAUAUAUCGAUUUAUAUUUCAGUUUAUACAUAUGACUGGUUUCUAUUCCUGAGACUUAAGUAAGUACUUGGUGCACUUUUUCUUUUGUUACAGGUCAGAAAUAAAUCAGGAUAAUGAAAAAUA